UUCUUCUACUCCAUAAUUAUUCCAUUCAGCUUCAAUUUAUACUCAUCAUUCUCUUGCCCACCAAUUCUCUCGUCGACUCUGGUCAGAAGAUAUGAAGAUCUUCAACUGGGUUCAUAAGAGGUUUCAUCACAAGGUCCUUAAAGAUGAGGUUGCAGGAAAUGGGGAAAAGAUUGAACCGGAGAGUAAUACCGAUAAGGACACACAAGCAUUUCUGAGACAAGUUUCCCUUGUGGAUGGGCUUGAUCAGGGAUGGAGAGAUGGCAUUUUAACAAUAGGCACCUUUGGUUUCGACCCCCUAAAACCCUUCAACAACCAAAAUGACUACACGGUUUUGGAGAGCGAGGAGGAUGGUAAGGAAGCCCAAGAAGUUUCACAUGGUGGUGAUGAUUGUGACAGUGAUGAAGAUACUGAUAAUGUCGAGUAUGAAGAACUGAACCCUUUGAUGUUUACAACAUUUGGACACAGUUUUGAGGAAACGGAGUCAAACUCUGAGGCCAUUGUUGCGAAACCAGAUGUGAUUUUGGACAUCGAUGGUGUUCCUCUUACUCCUUCUGAGGGGUCUCAUGAAAUCAGUACUGAACCUGAUCACGAUUCUGAGAGUGAUCAAAGGAAGCGCAAAGGUGAAAGGAUAACACUGGCUGACUUAUUCAUGGCUGAUGGUCAUGAUGUUCAAUCGCAGCUUGACUCUCGCAAGGUCCAACCAGAGUUGAAGAAGAAAAUGAACCCUCGAACAAGGAAUGGUGGCCUGGCAUUUGCCAAGAAGCUCAUUCCUCGUGUCAAAGAGGAUUCAACUCCAAUCAAGAAUGUGCAACGACUGAUGAGGAGGAUGUUGAAGAGGAAGAUCCAUCCAGCAGACCUUGAUGUCAAGAAGCCUACUAGUGCAGUCGAACUUACCAGUACCAAUGUCGAAACUGAUGCUUCUGAAUCGGUUUCUUUGCUUCCAAUUCGAGGUGCCACUUCUGUGCAUUGAAUAAAGGCCUUCUGCAGGUUUCCUGGGAAUUAAUGUUCUUUUGUGUUUGCUAGCUAUAAAUAACUAUUUCAAGGACAAUGCUAAAUAGGAUUUUCAAAUGAUAUGAACUGUUGGAUCAUGAACCAGUUUAAUUUGUAAUUUUUCUUGAUUGCAUGUGUUUUAGUAUAUGAUCAUUCAAGUUUGGUUGUCUGUGGAACUCA